UCUAUCAAGUUCAUUUCCAACCGGUCAUCCGGCACAACGAAUAAUGUCGUACUUCCAAUUGAACUCGAAAACGGAACUACAUACGUUUACCAAGCGGAGAGCGUGGUCACCGUGGAGCGCAAGGGAAAUCAAUUCCGACUCGAAUGCAACUUGAAAUUCGACCUGUGCACCUUGGAAUUAUCCGGUUGGUAUCACGGUAAAACAGCCGGUAUUCUCGGAACGAUGAACUACGAGCCAAUGGACGACACCACCGCAUCGAAUGGAAUCGUAACGAAAGAUGUGAAAGCAUUUGCCGGAAGUUGGUCAAUCGAUGAAGAAGCCAGUGGUCGUUGUUCGUAUUCAAGUAAUUCUCAUGUGGCUGAAACGGCCGCCGAGACGACGAACGCGACAUCAAAGUCACAAGGCAAUUUCACGGUUGUGGAAUUUUGUAACGAUCUGUUCGUGAACAAGAGUUCUGAAUUCCUCGGCUGCUUCGACAUAAUAGAGCCGGAGGAAUAUUCCAAAAUGUGUACCGCAAGCGAAACUAGAGCGGAAGCGUGCACGGUGGCUUUGUCUUACAUGCAGAUUUGCAUGUUCCAUGACACGUACCUCAGAAUACCGGACGUAUGUAGUAGUUGCAGUAUGAUUGAUGGCGAUCAAAUUGCGGAAGGUCAGUUCACGAAACUGGAGGGCGAUCGGGUACCUAGAUCGACCGAUGUGGUGUUCAUAGUCGAAGGGAAGGAAUGCAACCGCGGCGCGAGAGAGAAUCGCAGUGUCGAACAAUUGGUCACUCAGUUGAGCAAAGAGCUCAAAGAUCAAGGUCUGAUGGACAAUCGUUGGUCUCUGGUCACCUUCGGGGCGGACGGAGUGUUCGAUCAUCCGCGGAGUAUCGUCUUCGAUGGUCAACUCUUCACUAAGAACGUAGCACGAUUUAUCGAUUACUUUGAUCACGUGCCAAUCGGCGAUGGGAGCCGCGAUAUUUUCGCAGCAAUUGCGUUUGCCUCGAAACUCGUGUUCAGGGCCGGUGUGUCGAAGACUUUCAUUUUGAUGCCCUGCUCGCACUGCGAGCCGGAAAAUCAGACAUUGGAUUAUUCGGUGAUACACGAAGUAUUAUUGGAACAUGAUAUCACACUUCAUAUAUUGAUGGAUGGUGAUUUCGAAUUCGAGAAAGAGCGGCUGAACAAGAUUUUCUACGGUUUGGACGCGACGAAAUCGUAUACGAAAAAAGACGCCAGAACUUUAACUGGUGAUGUCGAUCUACGAAGGCAAGUGAAACUUUCGAAAAGUGCACUCGGUUAUUGUACGCCUUUGUCUCUGGAGAUCAAUGGGACAAUAUUUAGCGGUGAUAAAUUACGUUUUGAUAAACUGGCUUCGAUCAAAAAAUUCGCUAGCGUUUUUUCCAAGAGGGUAGCAUUAACAGCGCAACCUAAUCCUUGUCAAAACUGUGAGUGCACCGCUGAUAAUAGUGGUGUUACACGUAUGGAGUGUAUCCCUUGCAUAUAUCCAACUCCGGUUUCUGUUGAUUAUGUAAGUUUCUCCUUUCCAUUUCAAUUUAUUUAUUUAUCUAUGCUUCUACGUUGGCUCAAUGGUAUAACAGUAUUUGUUUGUUUCUUUUCUUUUUGCAGGAAACAUUUAAUUUGAAUGACUCGCUGGCAUCUUUAGAGCCAUUGAAUAUCGAUUACGGCCAAAUCGACAUCGAUGAUAGCUGA